GUCAAGAGCGGAAGAUCAAUGGAUCCACUCGACAGAAGGGAUUUUUAACCAAAGUUACUUAGCAAAUUUCCAUCACAAAAACGUGAAUUUUAAAUAUCUCCCUUGAGACUUUGUCAAGUUAAUUUGGCGGUCGUCGAGCUAAAUGGGUCCAAGGUCGCAUUCGAAAACAAAUUCAUGACAAAAUGAAUCAAGUGUGCAAAAUAUAAAAGCCAAAAUGGAAAUCUUUCUCAAUUUUUUCUUUUUUAACUUCGCUUUCCGCUGAAUGAUCUCACAUUAAGAUUUUAUUCAGACUUAGAUAGUUACAUACACGUUAUUAACUCUGGGUGUGACAAGAUUAGAAAAGCUUCGGUGGACCUCUUGAGCAGAUAACCUUUUCACUGGUUUAGUCAGGCACGAGGCAGUGCAUACACAGAAAGGCAUACAAAAAAUAUCUUUGCAUCUGAUCAUUGCUAGAACAAAGGAUAACUAAAAGGCGAACUGAGGCAUAAAAUGCGCUUAUUUAGAAUGACUAGAUCCACGUGCUUGGAAGCAAGAGUCAUUAACCGGACGACCUGUAGGAUCCAUCUGCGAGAUAUCUAUAGGUAUUACAAUGAAAAUACUGACGAAUGGAAGUGCGCGACUCUCGUGCUCUCAAUAACCAUUUUGCAGUUGAAGCGUGAUUCAUUUUUGGCGAUUGCACGAUAAAUGCCAUAGCAACGGGGCUUAAAAUGAGAUCCCUCCUCAUUCAAAGAGUCGCGGUAUUUAGUUUUAGCACAGUUCUAAUUCCGGUGGAUCGAAACACGACGUGAAAGUCAUUGUUCUUGUCUAAACACCGUGUAAACACACACAUGCUCGACCCUCCCAUUAAUCAGUUGCUGAGAGAAUGCUCGCUUCAGCGGCAAAGGAUCGCUUAAACCAUUUAAAAGAAAGUAAUUUAAUUAGGUGGUUAGCCAUGCGAGUCCGAGAUCAGUUCUGCUCCAAUCAGAUUCCAUCACCCUGACCGCUAGCCAAUCAGAGCCAGCCUUCUUUAUGCACCUGUUCGGGACCAGCAAGUACAUAUUUCGCCACCAACUUGCCGAAGAAGAUCCUGUCAGCUCAGAAACUCCCUGAUCAUAAAACGGUGCACAGCCAUUGAGAUCCUUUCCGCAGUCCUUAAGAAUCUGCGCAGUUCCGAAGGAAGAGCUUUUAACACUGCAGAAUUAUGACUGAUACAGACGUACUUGCAGCGAGACGCGGACGAUCAGAAGUCAAGCAAACUGUCUUGUGCAAAGUUUGUGGAGACAGAGCUUCUGGAAAGCAUUACGGCGUGCUGACAUGUGAUGGUUGCCGAGGCUUUUUCAAGCGAAGCAUUCGACGAGACCUGGCUUAUCAGUGCAAAGAAAGCAACUCCUGCCCCAUUGACGUCGCGAGGCGUAACCAAUGUCAGGCCUGCCGAUUGAAGAAAUGUUUCGAAGUUCGAAUGAACAGAGACGCCGUGCAGCAUGAACGAGCCCCACGCACCAAUCAGUUCAAACAGGUUGGAAACGAUGAGGUUCGAUGCAAGCCUUUGAAGCGAAAACAUAGCAGCUAUGAAGCAGAAAACCUCGACUUGCCACCCGGCCAGAUCCGUGUUACACCUAAGAAAGAAAAACUCCUGGAUUCGCCCACAACACCGGAGCCUGUUUUCUGCGGUAAUAGUUCUCCCAGAUUUCCGGUGGAACACAAAAGUGCAUUCCUUAUGGGAUAUGGCGACCCGGAAAGCCCUAAGGAAGUUCCGGUACCCGUCUCUGUAGCAACUGCAAUGACCCCCCCGCACACCCCACAGCAUGGGCAACAGAUCCGUUAUCCAAUCAUGUACCUCAGCACGCCGGAAAUGUUGCACGAGUCCGCUGUGCGCAUUCUAUUCAUGACAGUGAAAUGGGUUCGUAACAUCCCGACAUUCUUUGACCUUCCUUUCCGUGACCAAGCGAUCUUGCUCGAAGAGGGCUGGAGCGAGUUGUUUAUACUCAGCAUCGCGCAGUGGAAUUUGCCUGUGGAGAUGAGCACUUUGCUCGCCGCAGCGGGACUACAUCCGGAGCGGGAAACCUCGGACAAGAAUCUCUGUGGGAUGGGAGAUAUAAAAGCAUUGAAAAACAUUGUGGAGAGGUUCAGAGCUGCCAAUAUUGAUCAAACGGAGUACGCAUGCUUGAAAGCCAUUGUCCUCUUUAAGCCAGACACGAGAGGACUUCGCGCACCUCAUCAUGUGGAACAACUUCAGGAUCAAGCGCAAAGCAUGCUGGGAGAAUAUGACCGUCAGAGUUACCCCGGGCAACAAGUUCGUUUUGGAAGAUUACUGCUCAUGCUUCCUUCGUUACGUGUGCUGUCAUCGAAAUGCAUCGAACAGAUGUUUUUCCGUGGGACCCUUGAUAACAUUCCGAUGGAAAGACUUCUCUCAGACAUGUUUAAGUCCGCGUAAUUCUUCUUCUAAUGAUGGUUCGGAGGAUCUGCUUAGAGAUGCGCUGAAGCGCCCAUGCACUAAAAAUGGCGGGAAAACAAAACGAGAGGAACACAACGGGCUUACUCGCGCGACUUUGAAGAUAAAAGAGGGAAAGUCGAGGAACAAGUGACGUUUUCAGUCGACAAUCUUUACCCUAAGAUUGCCGAUUCUGUUAACCCAGUCAGGAAAAAAUUGCCGAAUUUUAGAUCGAGGUCAAGAAUCCGAAAAUGGGCUGGCUCAGACAAUUGUCGGUGCUGCAAUUCCAACAAAAAACGAGCCCGACUGAGAAAAUUCAGGACAAAAUAGGCGAUAAAUUCCAAAUAUUCACAAUGACUCGCUUUUUACGCGAAAAUGGUGAAAACAAAAUUCUAUUCAAGCUUUUUAUCUCGUAUGCGGCUAUAAUACAUCUGUAUUUUUGUCAAUUUUUAGAAUAAUAGCACAACGUUGAUGCUUGCUA